GCAAGUAAAGCGAGUUACCUUCUUCGAAAAAAGUGUAAAGUCACUUGCCUUCAAUAGCAUAAUCGAAUCGAUAGGGUUUCUCUCUCUCACAAAGGGUUGUUUCAUUCUUUGUGGGUUGUGGCUCAUGGAAUUUUGAGAUUUCACACAUCGAUUAUUAUUUUAAUAUAUUUUAUUAUAUUAAAAUAAUAAUUAAUAUUCUUCUUCAGGCCAUUGUUUCUUCUCUGCUCAGUACUGGUUGCUUUACCUCCCAACCCAUCACGUUUGAGGCUCUUUUUGUGCCCUUUUGAAUUCUGCAGCCCUGAAAUAUAGAUAAAAAGUUCAUUAGGCUGUAGAGGAGAAUGGCAGAGACCAUUUCUAGCUUCUGGGGUCCAGUUACAUCCACCAAAGAGUGUUGUGAACAAAAUUAUGCACAUUCGACUUAUAUUGCAGAGCUUUAUAACACCAUAUCCAACAUUCCGACGAUUGUUUUGGCUCUGAUUGGUCUUAUUAAUGCUUUAAGGCAGCGGUUUGAGAAAAGAUUCAGUGUUCUUCAUUUAUCAAACAUGACACUUGCCAUUGGGAGCAUGUUGUACCAUGCCACACUGCAACGUGUGCAACAGCAAGGGGAUGAAACUCCAAUGGUAUGGGAGGUGCUUCUGUACAUGUACAUCCUCCACUCUCCAGACUGGCAUUAUCGCAGUACAAUGCCCAUCUUCCUAUUUGUGUAUGGUGCUGGAUUUGCAAUUGCCCAUUCAGUGUUCCGUUUUGGUAUUGGCUUCAAAGUGCAUUAUAUUGUUCUAUGUCUGCUCUGCACUCCAAGAAUGUACAAGUAUUACAUUUACACUCAAGAUGUUUUAGCCAAGCGGCUAGCUAAGCUAUUUCUAGGUACUCUUUUACUAGGCAGUUUGUUUGGGUUUUGCGAUCGAGUUUUCUGCGAGGAGAUAUCCCGCUGGCCUAUUAACCCUCAAGGUCAUGCUUUGUGGCAUGUCUUCAUGGGUUUCAAUUCCUACUUUGCAAACACAUUUUUGAUGUUUUGCCGUGCACAACAGCGUGGGUGGUCUCCAAAAGUUGUUUAUUUAAUGGGUGUUUUACCUUAUGUGAAGAUUGAGAAACCAAAAAGCCAGUGAACAAUUUGGGAAAAGAAGGAAGCUUCUUUGCCGUGAUACAUUCUAGAUAGACAAGUUGUUGACAAAAUUAUUUAAUGGGUGUCUUUCUUUACUUUACUUCUUUUUCACUUUGUGGUUUUUGAUUGGCUUAAAAAUGAUGAUGAAUAUUUGCAUAUUUUGUUGUAGAAGUAGGACAUGUACAUAUUUAUGCCGUCGAACCUUAGCUCAAAAUGGCAACCGUGAACAUAAUUUUGCUUACUGGUU